UGGUGCAAUAGCCUGGCUCCGGCAAGCGGAGGCCCGAGCCGUCUUUCCCGGUCCUGCCCUGUCCUGCCUUGUGACGGGGACCUCAGGCGAACAUGGCGGUGCUGGCGCGGCUACUGCUGGGACUCGUCCUCAUAGCACAGGUGACCAGUGAGUAUGGAAUGGUCCAUGUCAUCGCUGAGCCAGGGAAUGGCAAAGGAAAAGACUACUGUAUCCUGUACAAUUCCCAGUGGGCCCACUUGCCACCUGGCCUUGGCAAAGCAUCUUUGUUACAGCUUCAGGACCAAACAACAUCUGUCUUAUGUUCUCAAUCUGAUGUCCCCAGUGGAGGAUUUAACAACCGAAUCCCUAUGGUGAUGCGUGGAAACUGCACCUUCUAUGAGAAAGUGAAACUGGCCCAAAUGAAUGGGGCUCGGGGACUACUAGUAGUCAGCAGAGAAAAACUGGUCCCUCCAGGAGGCAACAAGACUCAGUAUGAUGAAAUUGGUAUUCCUGUGGCCCUCCUCAGCUAUCAAGACAUGCUUGACAUUUGCAAGACUUUUGGUCACUCAGUGAGAGUGGCAUUGUACGCCCCUAAGGAACCUGUCCUUGAUUACAACAUGGUCAUCAUCUUCAUCAUGGCUGUGGGGACAGUUGCAGUUGGAGGCUACUGGGCAGGAAGCCAGGAUGUGAAGAAGAGGUUCAUGAAGCAUAAGCGUGAUGAUGGAACAGAAAAACACGAUGACGAGACAGUGGAUGUGACCCCCAUAAUGAUUGGAGUGUUUGUGGUGAUGUGCUGUUCCAUGUUGGUCUUGCUGUACUACUUCUAUGAUCAUCUUGUAUACAUGAUUAUUACUGUAUUCUGCCUGGCAUCAUCCACUAGCCUCUAUAGUUGUCUUUAUCCUUGUAUAAAAAGACUUCCAUUUGGGAAAUGCAGGGUUCCAGACAACAAUUUGCCGUAUUUUCACAAGCGGCCACAGAUUCGAAUGCUGCUCCUGGCAAUAUUUUGCAUCACAAUCAGUAUAAUUUGGGGAGUCUUCCGAAAUGAAGAUCAGUGGGCCUGGGUCCUUCAAGAUUCUCUGGGAAUUGCCUUCUGCCUUUACAUGUUAAAAACCAUUCGCCUGCCAACUUUCAAGGCUUGCACUUUGCUUCUGUUAGUGCUCUUCAUCUAUGAUGUGUUUUUUGUAUUCAUCACACCAUUUCUAACAAAGAGUGGGAACAGCAUAAUGGUGGAAGUGGCUGCUGGCCCUUCGGAUUCUACCACUCAUGAAAAGCUCCCCAUGGUGCUGAAGGUCCCAAGAUUAAACUCUUCACCAUUAGCACUCUGUGACAGGCCAUUUUCUCUAUUAGGCUUUGGAGAUAUCUUAGUGCCAGGAUUAUUGGUAGCCUAUUGCCACAGAUUUGACAUCCAGGUGCAAUCCUCUAGAGUCUACUUUGUAGCUUGUACCAUAGCCUAUGGCAUCGGCCUUCUGAUCACCUUUGUUGCUUUGGCGUGGAUGCAGAGGGGCCAGCCAGCUCUCCUUUAUCUAGUACCCUGCACUGUGAUCACAAGCUUUGCGAUAGCUUUAUGGAGAAAGGAGCUGAGAAUGUUCUGGACAGGCAGCGGCUUUGCGAAGGACCUACCUCAGCCUCCCUGGGUGAUGGCUUCAUCUGAAUGUCCCCAACCCCUAAAAGAUUCAAAUGCUUCCCCUUCUCAACAGGAUCCAAACAAAGAAUGGAUCAACCCCACCCUCCAAGCAGACCAACUCUCUGAUCCACCUGUGUCCUUGGAGAAAACAGCAGAUGCCAGUGAACCUCUGAGCUCUGCCCCUUCUGAUUCAGAACCAGCCAAUCAAGACAACAAGGACCAACCUCAUCAAGAGAUUGGAGAGGCCCAUCAGACUAGAUGAGGAAAGUGGAGAUAGGAAUCGUGGCACCUGCUACAUGGUCCUGAGUGCCCAUGGACUGGUUCUAACAUUCACUAAAGAACCCCACAGCAUCAUUCCUCCUACAAUUGCUGAUACUUGUUAGGUCCCCCUUCCCCCUCUUUCUGAAAUAUGGUGCUCUCAUUCCCUUCCGAUGCCCAUUUCAGGGAGAACUUGAGUAGGUUUCUCUUCCUCCACUCCUGCCUUCCUUCUCAUGCCCGCCUUGUACUAAGAGGUUUUAUUUAUGCAUUGCCCUGUGCUUGCGUGACUGCUGUGUUUCUCUAGCCUGACUGAGCUUAAUCUUGAAUGGGAAGCACUGGACUGUUUAGCUAACAUGAAAAACUGAGAGAAGUCAUUGAUAGUACUUUCUCUUUAGCCAGCAGUUAACAUUUCAUUUUUCUCUUUAUUAUAACUUAAUUACAAAUGAAUGAUUUCAUAUAAUCAGAUAUUUAAGAAGCAAGAAAUGGUCCGUCAUUUCACCUCCUUUCAAAAGGUACGCAUUUCUGUUCUGGUGCAUGAAGUGCAUCAUGACUCUAGGGUUCCUUCCCCCCCUGCUUAAAAGAUGGUCUGGUCAAAGACUCCAGAAAGUAGAAAGCUUUUAGAGAUAAAUAUUCACUGAGUAGACUACCUCUUGUCCAGCCUAGUAAAAGUAUGUUAAAUUCUUUGUUUCUCAUGAGAUGAAAACAAGGCCAUCACAUGCUAGUCUCCAGGUAAUUAGGGAAAAGACUUUGAUUACAUGUAAAUGAUAUAGAGAAAGAAAGCGAAAUAGAUCCUAAAGUCUAUGUGGCUCUUGUGUUAGAGAAGAAGAUAUUGCCAUGUUUAAUUGAUUGUGUCUUAUGAACUUGAAUGGCUAAGUGGGGAAAAGCACAUUCAAAAACCUGGAUUUACUCCUAACUCUUAAAUGCCUCUAGUCUAUUUUCCUGAAAAUAAUUGGAUGCUCCCUCAACCCCCACCCCCAGCUGUUGAGAUCUAGGAUCUUAUAGGCAAUGUUCUCUGUUUUGUUUCUCAGUCACUCAGAGGAUAAUUCAUUAGAACUAAAGCAGUAUUGCCUCUGGAGAUUUGGCAUCUCUGUGGGACUGUUUCAAAGCUCAAAGAGUAGGGGAAGCUAUAAUCUCACUUUAGAUAAAAUAAAAUGUCUUUUGGGUUUCUAGUAAUUUUGUUAGGCUGAGUUCUAGGGGGGUUAGCAUGGAGUCCCCUAACUCAUCUAAAUUCAGGUGGACUUUUUUCAACCACUGGAAAGUUACUAAGGCUAUGAACCUAUGGUUCUCUGUCUCCCUCCCCUUUGCCCUUGAAAAGGGGAUCUGGGUGAGGACAUUGUUCUCUGCUCUCAUUUCCUUUAUACAUGACAACUAGCUACAAGCCAUUACUGAACAAACCAGUGUGGGAAGUAAAUAUCUUUAGCCUCUUUGGCAGAUCCAACAUCUCAGCAUUUGUUUACUUUUUUUAGACAUUAGAUCCAUUUUAUUUUGAACAGAGAAACCAGGGGCUUUCAAUUUUAUUUCUAAGACUCAAGAAUUCCUGUUUUUUAAGGCUCUACAUUCCAAUCCAUAAAAGUAACUUAAGUCCUGCACCUUGCAAUAGUAAGGAAUGCAUUUAAAAUCUAGCUGAGGAAUUUUUGCAAUAUAUGGGAAUAUUCUGGAAUGGUAUUCUGUCUUCUACCUCACUGAUAAGGUUCUCACAUCACCACUAGAGAGACAUUGUUUGGUGCAUAUAAAAAGGGGCAGGAAAAGCCUAACUGCCACAUGGCAUUUGUAGAAAGGCACAGAUGAGUGGUUCCAUUAUAUCAAGGCCACUAUGGCUGAAAUGCGAGGCUGCCCAAUCUUGCUCCACCCUACUCCCUUUCCACUGUCUUUUCCCUAAAACAUCUAGAGUGUUGUCCCUUUUAUGUAGUUAGAAGAGCUCUGAUGUAUAAGAGAGUGUUUCUUACCUGUCUCCCUGGACCCUGGGAACCCCAAUGAUGUCAUCUCUCUGUCACCUCCCCACCCCCACCUUACCAAGUUAUUGUAAGGUAGCUAAAAAAACCUAAGUUCAUGGAAUCUUCAGAGAGAUGGGAGCCCUUCAGAAACUCCUUAAUUGCAAGAGGGUUCCAGUUCUUGACCUGUCACCUUUCCCGAAGCAUCAAAGUGUUCCCUCAGCUUUCCUUGGGCUCAGAAAGUGGAGCUAGGAUCUCUUUGUACAUCAGGGUUUGUAGUUCUCUUCAACCCAAAUGUCCAGUCAGAUGGAGUGUCGUUUGGGGCCUUCUUGGCAACUUUAUACUUGACUACUCUUGUAAUCUUGUCUUCAGCCCUCCAGGCAGCCUUUUCAAAUUUGAGCUUUGAAAAACUUUCCAGUUAAUGGAUAAUGAAUGACAGGUACACACAUACCUACUUAUUUUUCAUUCAACCACUCUUAAGACUAGAACUUUUCAACAUUGUAGUAGUAGUUCAGGGCUCUGCCUUUCAGGUAUACCUCCUCAUUGUCUGAUUCUUGGCAGAGCUUCCCAGAAUAUCAGAGACUUUGGGUAAAAUCAUAUACUUCCGGAAAAAAUACCAGCAUUGAGGAUUUAUGAACAGCCUUAGUCAGCCAUUAAGUCCUCUGGGGAGGAGGGGUGGAUUUUCUAGUUGAAGGAAGAAAAAAAUGUCUCCAGAGUCCUUAAACCUGUUUGUGUAUUUCUCUUGGGUUAAAAUGAACUGAUAACAACCUGGGAACAAUACCAAAUGGACCUUUCCCUCCUACUUGUGUUCCUGUACUUUUGUGAGCAUGUUGCCAUGGGCUAACAUGACGCGAGUGAGCUCCUGUGCCAGGGAGAGACCUGAGUUGGAACCUGCUUCAGCCAAUUGGACUACGCCUUAAUUUAAGCCAUUUUAUACUUGUGUAUGGUAAAUGUGGGGUUGAUUGUUUUUGGUUUUGUGUUUUUUUAUUAGAAAAAUGUCAAGAAAUUCAAAGGCAGAUGUACCUAACGUUUGAAUUUCAUAUUUUUUGCCUUGCUUCUGUUUAACCUUAUCAUUAAACAUAGUUUUUGGUAUUUAAAACUCAGCAUUUGAACUUUAAUGUGAAGCAGUAAAGAAGAGAAUUGCCAAGUUUGUUGUCAAAAUAAAGAUUCCAUCACCCAUA